GGUCUCGGUGAAACCAUGGAGGACCAGCUCCUGGGGGAGGACGCGCUGCUCUGGCAGCUCCGGGACAGCCGCCGCCGCUUCCAGAGGCACAUGCAGCGACUGAUAGAAAAGUACAACCAGCCCUUCGAGGAUGCCCCGCUGGUGCAGAUGUCCACGCUGACCUAUGAGACACCCCAGGGAUUGAGAAUUUGGGGCGGAGGACUAGUAAAGGAGAGAAACAAAGGACACAUCCAGCCCGCAGUGCCUUGGAGCCCUUUGAAAAACGAGUUAAGGAGGAAAUACUUGACCCAAGUGGAUGCACUGCUCCAGGAUGAAGGGUGUUCAGAGUGUACUGAUGACAGAGAUGGAGAGGACACCCGUGUGACACCGACCCCUUCCUGGGCCUCGCCUGCCAGGCCUGCCCAUGGAAGCCGUGGCUGUGUGUCUGGAAGGAGUCCUGGCGGCCCAGUCAAGCCAGCUUCACGUCCCAGAGAGUGUGAUCCUUCACACCCCUGCUCGGCAGACCUGGCCAUCGUGCCUAGAAGUGACAGUCUCUCGUUACCGGGGACCGGGGGCAACAGCUCCUCAAGCAGCCCAGCCUUCGAGGCCGACAACAUCUGUGACGUGACGAUCAGCGACCUGUACGCGGGCAUGCUGCACUCGAUGAGCCGGCUGCUGAGCACAAAGCCGUCGUGCAUCAUCUCCACCAAAACAUCGUUCAUCGCUCACAGCUGGAGCUCCAGAAGGAGGCACAAGUGUAAGAACAGAAUGAACAGGACGCAUUGCCGAGGAGGCGGGCCCUCUCGAAGGGGUUCCCAGGAGACACUCCCACCCUGUUCUGAGCCACUGAGGGACGGGGAAGUGUUAAGAGAUUGCGAGAACUUACUAGAUGCUUCUGACCGGAAGGUGGGUUUAAAAUUGGAAAAAGCUUUCCCUGAAGUAAACAAACCCGAAAUCCGCGCAUUAGAUCCAAGUUGGAAGGAGCUUAAGGGGUUGCGGAGUUUAAUGCCCCGGAGGUGUUCUUCGUUGACAUAUGGAGGAGCCAGUGCAGUGCAUCAUCGUGGUCAGGAAAAUAGACUUAUGGCACUAAAAUGGUUAAUUUCUCCUGUAAAAAUCAUUUCCAGACCCAGAAUACUGCCAGGCAAGGGAGCGAAUCGUUACAGGGAAAUUGAAAUCAAAUUUGAUAAGCUUCAUCAGGAAUAUUGCCCACGUCCCGGGAAGCAGCCCUGCCUGACUUGCCUCCCGGGACCCUCGGCUAUGGCCGUGUAUGGGGGUGAUCCCGCGAGCUUCGACUCCCGCGGGCUCAGCGGACCUUUCAGCAGAGCAGAAGCUAGGAGGUUCCAUGACGCUUUCGGAGACCUGGGUGAACGAGCUAUUGGAGCAGCGAGAUGCCCACCGAAGAGGGGUGCCCCUCCCUCGCUUUCAGAGACCAGCUCCGUGCAGAGUCCAGGCUGCUCGGAGCAGACACUUGACCUUCUUUUUCAAGCAAACGGUCUUGGAACACUUGGAAAGUCCAUAUCACCCAGCAAAGCUGCUUCCGUAGCAGGCGGACAGCCUCUGCUCUGUGGAAGGAGUCGUUACAACGAAAUAAAGGAAAAAUUUGACAAGUUCUAUCAACAGUAUUGCCGACAGUCACCGCGGCGGAUACAGGCCCCUUUACGUAGUGGAACAUCUCCAGAGAGAGCAAGUGUGCAAGUUCAGUGUCCCAAAGGAGGCACCCCGGAAAAAUCAAACCCAGACGCUGGCUUCCAGGAUCCCCCGAAGCUGUCAGCAUCACCCCAGUGGAGUGUAGAAAGUCCUCUGGGCUCGACCACACUUGAGGCCCAACCGUCUAUGUGCUUUGGGCUCGCUGCCGGGAGGGGCCUCCAGUCCCCUCCGAAGAGACGCCGAUUAUCAGAUUCCCUGCUGUAUGGACAGUGGGCCAACUCCCAGGAU